CCGUUUUUUUGGUUUCUUGUGUUUAGAGUCUCGCCAGAGAUACAUAAGUCCGUUGUUCUUAUCUUCCAAAUCGCGUUUAUACUUCUUGAUUUUCCUGAUUUUUUCCCCCUGUCUUUUGCCAGUUUGUCUUGUCAAGUCAACCAGUGUGUUUUUUUCUGUGCUCCUGGUUUUGACUUUUUGCCUGCCCUGACUCUGAGCCCGCCUGCCUGAACAUUCAGCCUGACCUGACCAUGAGCCUGCCUGCCUCCCUGUACCGUUUGGAACUCUGACCUGGUUAAUUAACUUUUACUUGUCCUCGACCAGCCUCUUGUUGUUUAAUAAAUAUCAGUGACUCGAACCUUCUGCGUCCUGUGUCUGCAUCUGGGUCUCGCCAUGCGUCGUUAUAUUGACAGCUAAAAAUAAAAAACAGGACAGAGACAGACCUUGGACCUUGUUCGCCCAACUGACUCACCUGGGAUUUAGAGCAGUAAAUGACUUGUGACAGAAAGUUAAACUCCAUUUUUUUUUUACUCAAACAGCACGAGAUAUUCUGUUCUCUAGUUGAGAAAUAUGACGAUUUCUUGGAGGAAGUGUGUCUUCCUAGUGGGGGCUUUAUGUGUAAGUGUUACUAUAACCACGAUUAUGUAUGGACAAUACUAUGACCUGGACUUCUUCCACGACAGACUUGCGAACAGUCAAGACACAGAGUUUAAUAGCAUUUGGACUUGCGAUGAGGAGCUUUGGGACAACACCACAGCAACUGGGGAAGAGAAGCUGGAGGGGUUGUGUCCUCUGAGAAAAGCAGUGAAGAAGGACGACUUCCUCAGACUACGCUUUAACUUUAAAGUGCCUGUGCUGCAGUGGGCUGGGAGCUUCAGCUAUUCAGAGUGGGGGCGAUUGGAGACGUAUAUGCCUCCCUACGGCUGGAAAGGCCUGCCCCAGGACGUUGUGAGAUCCACUUUGGCCCUGCUCAACGACUCGUCCAGCAGCCGCCUGUUUGAGCGCAGGUGGCCUGAUCAGUGUGUCCGCUGUGCUGUGGUGGGAAAUGGCGGCAUCCUUCGAGGCUCCAAACAAGGCAGAGCCAUCGACAGUCACCACUUUGUCUUCAGGGUCAAUGGGGCAAUCACCAAGCACUUUGAGGAGGAUGUGGGCACAAAGACAUCUUUCUAUGGGUUCACCACAAAUACUAUGAAAAAUUCCCUACAUUUUUACAGAAAAGAUGGCUUCACCAAAGUCCCACGGGGACGGAGAGUCCGAUAUAUCUUCAUUCCGUCCAACGAACGUGACUAUGUGAUGAUGUCAGCUGCUAUCCAGGGUCUCACUGUCACCUCCGGUCAUGACAAGGGGGACUGGCCCUCUCGAUACUUUGGAUUUAAGGCACCAGUUAAGCAUUUUAAAAUGCUUCAUCCAGAUUUUAUUACAUAUGUAACGCAAAGGUUUCUGAAGUCUCCCCUGCUGAAGUACAGUCAGCUCUACAUGCCCAGCACUGGUGCUCUGAUGCUUCUGACCGCCCUGCACAUGUGUGACCAGGUGUCUGCCUAUGGUUUCAUCACAAAAAACUUUGCAGACUUCUCUGACCACUACUAUGAUGCUGUGAUGCUGCCCCUGCACUUCUAUGCCAACCACGACAUGCAGAUGGAGAGCUGGCUGUGGGAAGUACUGCAUGCACGAAAAGUAAUAUCACUGUACAAGAGGACAAAAGUAAAAUGAUGGACACUCAAUUGUAUUUUCAUGUGAAAAGCCUUCCUUGAAAUGCUGUUAACUCCUAUGUUUGCCAUGGAGGUAGUCCCUCRGAAGGAGCGGCUGCUGGAGUUGUGUGGCGUCCUUUGUUAUUAGUCUCACAGCAACAUUAAAGGCCUUUGACGGUGMAAAGCCAA